AUGGCACACGCAGCCAACAUUAGCGCGUUGACGGACCAGCUAAUCACAGCAGUCACAAAAUCCCCAGACAAAAAGAAUACAUCGCGUUCUAAGAAUCUCAAACGCCGUAUCGAGGAAACGUUCAAGGCUAGCCAGUAUGGACGGACGGAUCAGUUUGCAGUUGCGAAACAGCUGGAGGGACUGCAGGAGAAAUUCCGAGUCCUGAACAGAGAUGAGCUGGCGACGGACCUGCGUUCAUCUCUGAUCGAACUGGACAACUACCGGAGUCCAUGGUUUCCGGAGAUCUUAUCUCUAUUCCUGCAGCUCUCGGACCGUCCGGUUCUGCAACCGCAACGAGAUAAAACCGUGACGCAGAAGCCCGUACAAGUCGAGGAAUCGCUUUCUUGGUCCGAAGCAGACCGUGCUGGGACCGCAUACUGUGAUGAGGAGGAUAUCUGGGAAGACGUAGACUUUCGUGCUGGAUCUUCGGAAGAUGACGUCUCAUCGGUGUCCAGCGAAAUUUCCGUCCCCCGCAUAUUGCCCCAAGAGUCGAUAGCAUUGGAUGAGGAGUAUGUGAUUCCUGAUGAGGUAUUCAUACCAGAAGAAGAUGGAGGCGUACUCGUCACCAUCAAAGACGUCCAGUUCUGGAAGCCUGAAAAUAAUACGGCACUAUCUCCUAAGGAAAACUAUUCUUGCCCUGUUACUGAACUUCAGAUUGUGAGGGAGACUAUCUUCAUGCUGCAAGGCCUCCCCACGUCUCUGUUCUGGCGUUCCGCCGACAGCGUCGAGGUAGAUCGCACAUAUGCGCUUGCGCAUUCCUCAAACGAAACACUGUCAUGUUUACUACGGUCAUUUAGCACCAUAGGAGCCCAGAUCGAUAUCUUGAGGCGAUUCAUCACAAUCCCGCAAACAGUCGCCUAUGUUCAAAGUUUCAUUCGGGGCAUUGAAGAUCUUUUACAAAAGUUCGACGCUUUCUUGUCAAAAGCUCAGACACAAUAUCUAACACCGACUUGGACAGCCGCAGUAAGCUUACUAGAGCUGUUGGAAGUUGUCAGACGCGAGUCACGAGUCCUUCUGAGCUUAGCGGGUCUUGUAUCCACCAUCAGCCAUGAUGUGCAGACUCAGUCCGUACAGUGCCUUGAUCUAUUGUACGACCUGGUAUGCAUGACACAAGCUGUUGGCGAUGACAAUGAAUUCAAGUCGCUUGCAGAACUAUUCUUUUUCUGCUUCAAAUCUUAUAUACGCCCGAUCCUGCUCUGGACGGAAACGGGACAUUUGGACUCUGUGGAAGAAACUUUCUUUAUCCUAGAGAACGGCCAAGAUCGCGAUCUACGAACUCUCUGGCAUGAUUGGUAUACGCUGGAUGAGACUUCUAAGCUACCGAAUGCUCCUAAAUUCCUCCACCAAGUUGCUCACAAGAUCUUUACUACCGGCAAAAGCAUGGUUUUUUUGCGCCAUUUGGAGGCCAUUCCAACAGACAUAGAUCGUCUCAGCAAAAGUACACUUACCUUUGGAGAUCUAUACCCUCACCAUUCCUCAUCGUCGUUUACUCUGCCGUUCUCCGUGCAACUGGAAUCGGCAUUCGAAAAAUUGAUCGGCGCAAACCACUCAGUUACCUCAGACUGGCUACAAGCAGUACUCGACCAGCAAUGUGGAUUAUGGACCUCCCUCCAAGCCCUGGAUUACAUCUACCUCUGUAAAGACAUGAGCAUCACAGGGAGCAUCGACUACAAGAUCUUCGAAUCAAUCGAUCGAGGAAAAGGCGCCUGGAAUGACCGUUUCUUACUCACAGAACUCGCGCAGCACGCACUCAGCGCUUUACCCCUGGUCGACCCAUCCAGGGUCAUAGUCCGAUCUUCCAAGGUCUCACCACAAGACCCUGACGUCCAAAGCAAGUCCGUGAAGAUGCUGAACGUGCUAUCAUUCGAUUACAUUCUUCCCUGGCCCGUGGCCAACGUCAUCACAAAAGACGCCAUUUCCACAUAUCAACGCAUCUCCACGUUUCUCAUGCAGAUCCGCAGAGCUCAAUACGUGACCGUGAAACAACGUCUCCAGUACCCCAGCAAUUCUACAGAAAAGAACCCCGAUAGAACGCACGUGUUAGGCUACGCUGUCCGACAUAGCAUGCUCUGGUUCCUGAACACCCUUUACGGCCAUAUUGUUGAUGUGGUUAUAUCGACUACGACGAGCGCAAUGCGGAAGGAGCUUUCUUCGUCGAAGGACAUUGAUGCUAUGAUCGCUGUUCAUCGCGCUUAUAUUUCGUCGAUGGAAGAUCAGUGCUUGCUAUCGAGAAACCUCGUUCCGCUGCAUGAGGCUAUUAUCAACACUCUAGACCUGUGCGUCCGCUUCGCGGAUUUACAAGCGGUGUAUUACGGUGAUAACCAACUCGACCAAAUGCAGAGCAGCAAGUCUUUCCGGAAACAGCACGAUGAGGAGCAGAGCGACUCCGACUCCGACGAGGAUGAAGAUGACGAGUUCGACCAAGGAAACACGACCCGCACCAUCCCCACACAAGGUGCAUCAUAUCCGCAGCAGAUACGAUCUUUGAAGAAUGAAUUCGAUCGGUCUGUUGGCUUCCUCACGGCUGGGCUGAAGAGUGUGGGACGUGUUGAUGGACAGCCUAGUUGGGAGAUACUGGCGGAGAAGUUGGAGUGGAGGAAGGAGCGUGAAGCAUUUUAA